AGUGAGAGCCGAGCAUGAGAGCAUUUGCCAAAAAAUCUCAUUACAAAGAACUGUUUUGGAGAUGUAUUCAAAAAUCCAGAAUAAGCAUUUUAAAGCAAGGAUUCCCCAAAUUUACAGCUGUGUUUUGUCCUCCAAGAUUCAGCUGCAUGACUUGGAUCUCGAGGAGUUAGAGACCAGAAAUAUUCCUAAAACCUAGCUGGAGUUCCUAUAUUGACUGCAAGGAAACACACGAGUUUUUGGAGGGAGAACUCAGAGACGUUCUAAAGCAAGCCCAUAGAAUGAUUCAGAUGAUUGAAGACCAGCAAAAGAUUCAUGCUGACGGCCCAUGCCAAAAUAAAGAUGAAAGAAGGAUUAAAGUGAGGUUCGAGAAAAGGCUUGAGAAACAAUCUAGAGAUAUUAACAAGCAAGCGUUCCGUUCUCUUCUGGAGGAAUUAACCGGAGUGGUACCCAACUGAUAUUUAAAGCUUUAUUUAGAACUCUAGACCUAAGUAUUUAU